UUCGCUUCAUAGUUCGAAAAUGGCGUCGCCCUGUGUUGACCCAGUCGUGGACGAUAAUAUCAACGGGAAAGUCGAAAUAAUGGACGUAGAUGAAGAAGACAUGAAAAAGGCCGAUGAAUUGAAAGAAAAGGCAAAUGAAUAUUUCAAAGCCCAAGAUUAUCAACAAGCUGUCACAUUUUAUACUAAAGCCAUUCAGAUGAAUCCUAAUUUAGCGGUUUACUAUGGUAAUCGUAGCUUUGCCAAUCUCAAGAUAGAAUCUUUUGGGUAUGCUUUGGGAGAUGCAUCCAAAGCAUUGGAGUUAGAUAAAACAUAUAUUAAAUGUUUUGUAUUUAUGGAAACCAUGCCAUCGCUGUGUUCAGUAUGUAUGGACAACCAUGUCAUCACUCUGUUCAUGGUAUUCAGUAUUUAUAGACACCAUGCCAUCAAUGUGUUCAUGGUUUUCAGUAUUUAUGGACACCAUGCCAUCACUAUGUUCAUGGUAUCCAGUAUUUAUGGACACCAUGCCAUCACUAUGUUCAUGGUAUCCAGUAUUUAUGGACACCAUGCCAUCAUUGUAUUCAUGGUGUUCAGUAUUUAUGGACACCAUGCCAUCACUAUGUUCAUGGUAUCCAGUAUUUAUGGACACCAUGCCAUCACUAUGUUCAUGGUUUUCAGUAUUUAUGGACACCAUGCCAUCACUAUGUUCAUGGUAUCCAGUAUUUAUGGACACCAUGCCAUCAUUGUAUUCAUGGUGUUCAGUAUUUAUGGACACCAUGUCAUCGCUGUGUUCGUAGUGUUUAGUAUGCAUGAACACCAUGUCAUCGCUGUGUUCGUAGUGUUUAGUAUGCAUGAACACCAUGUCAUCACUGUGUUCAUGGUGUUCAGUAUUUAUGGACACCAUGUCAUCACUGUGUUCAUGGUGUUUAGUAUUUAUGGACAACAUGCCAUCGCUGUGUUCGUAGUGUUUAGUAUGUAUGGACACCAUGUCAUCACUGUGUUCAUGGUGUUCAGUAUUUAUGCACACUAUGCAAUCAAUGUGUUCAUGGUGCUCAGUAUUUAUGGACACCAUGCCAUCAAUGUGUUCAUGGUGCUCAGUAUUUAUGGACACCUUAUCAUCACUGUGUUCAUGGUAUCCAGUAUUUAUGGACACCAUGUCAUCACUGUAUUCAUGGUGUUCAGUAUUUAUGGACACCAUGUCAUCACUGUAUUCAUGGUGUUCAGUAUUUGUGGACACCAUGUCAUCACUGUAUUCAUGGUGUUCAGUAUUUGUGGACACCAUGCCAUCAAUGUGUUCAUGGUGUUCAGUAUUUAUAGACACCAUGUCGUCACUGUGUUCAUGGUGUUUAGUAUUUAUGGAUACCAUGCCAUCACUGUGUUCAUGGUAUCCAGUAUUUAUGGACACCAUGCCAUCAAUGUGUUCAUAGUGUUCAGUAUUUAUGGACACCAUGCCAUCAAUGUGUUCAUGGUGUUCAGUAUUUAUGGACAUGUCAUCACUGUAUUCAUGGUGUUCAGUAUUUAUGGACACCAUGCCAUCAAUGUGUUCAUGGUGUUCAGUAUUUAUGGACAUGUCAUCACUGUAUUCAUGGUGUUCAGUAUUUAUGGACACCAUGUCAUCACUGUGUUCAUGGUUAUUUAUGGACACCAUGCCAUCACUGUAUUCAUGGUGUUCAGUAUUUAUGGAAACCAUGCCAUCGCUGUGUUCAGUAUGUAUGGACACCAUGUCAUCACUCUGUUCAUGGUAUUCAGUAUUUAUGGACACCAUGUCAUCACUGUGUUCAUGGUAUCCAUUAUUUAUGGACACCAUGCCAUCACUGUGUUCAUGGUAUCCAGUAUUUAUGGACACCAUGCCAUCACUGUAUUCAUGGUGUUUAGUAUGUAUGGACACCAUGCCAUUACUGUGUCCAUGGUGUUCAGUAUUUAUGCACACCAUGCCAUCACUGUGUCCAUGGUGUUCAGUAUUUAUGCACACCAUGCCAUCACUGUGUUCAUGGUGUUUAGUAUUUAUGGAAACCAUGUCAUCAAUGUGUUCAUGGUGUUUAGUAUUUAUGGACACCAUGUCAUCACUGUGUUCAUGGUGUUUAGUAUUUAUGGAUACCAUGCCAUCACUGUAUUCAUAGUGUUCAGUAUUUGUGGACACCAUGCCAUCAAUGUGUUCAUGGUGUUCAGUAUUUAUAGACACCAUGCCAUCACUGUGUUCAUGGUGUUUAGUAUUUAUGGAUACCAUGCCAUCACUGUGUUCAUGGUAUCCAGUAUUUAUGGACACUAUGCCAUCAAUGUGUUCAUGGUGUUUAUAUUUAUGGACACUAUGCCAUCAAUGUGUUCAUGGUGUUUAGUAUGUAUGGACACCAUGUCAUCACUGUUCAUGGUGUUUUGUAUUUAUGGAAACCAUGCCAUCGCUGUGUUCAGUAUUUAUAGACACCAUGCCAUCACUGUAUUCAUGGUAUCCAGUAUUUAUGGACACCAUGCCAUCACUGUAUUCAUGGUGUUCAGUAUUUAUGGACACCAUGCCAUCAAUGUGUUCAUGGUGUUCAGUAUUUAUGGACACCAUGCCAUCAAUGUGUUCAUGGUGUUCAGUAUUUAUGGACACCAUGUCAUCACUGUGUUCAUGGUGUUUAGUAUUUAUGGACACCAUGUCAUCACUGUGUUCAUGGUGUUUAGUCUUUAUGGACACCAUGUCAUCACUGUGUUCAUGGUGUUUAGUCUUUAUGGACACCAUGUCAUCACUGUGUUCAUGGUGUUUAGUCUUUAUGGACACAAUGUCAUCACUGUGUUCAUGGUGUUUAGUAUUUAUGGACACCAUGUCAUCACUGUGUUCAUGGUAUCCAGUAUUUAUGGACACCAUGUCAUCACUGUGUUCAUGGUGUUUAGUCUUUAUGGACACCAUGUCAUCACUGUGUUCAUGGUGUUUAGUCUUUAUGGACACCAUGUCAUCACUGUGUUCAUGGUGUUUAGUCUUUAUGGACACAAUGUCAUCACUGUGUUCAUGGUGUUCAGUAUUUAUGGACACCAUGUCAUCACUGUGUUCAUGGUGUUCAGUAUUUAUGGACACCAUGCGAUCAAUGUGUUCAUUGUUUUCAGUAUUUAUGGAAACCAUGCGAUCAAUGUGUUCAUUGUUUUCAGUAUUUAUGGAAACCAUGCCAUCGCUGUGUUCAGUAUUUAUGGACACCAUGUCAUCACUCUGUUCAUGGUGUUCAGUAUUUAUGGACACCAUGUCAUCAAUGUGUUCUUAGUAUUCAGUAUUUAUAGACACCAUGCCAUCAUAGUGUUCAUAGUAUCCAGUAUUUAUGGACAUCAUGCCAUCACUGUAUUCAUGGUGUUCAGUAUUUAUGGACACCAUGCCAUCACUGUGUUUAUAGUGUUCAGUAUUUAUGGACACCAUGUCAUCACUGUGUUCAUGGUGUUCAGUAUUUAUGGACAUCAUGCCAUCACUGUAUUCAUGGUGUUUAGUAUUUAUGGACACCAUGUCAUCACUGUGUUCAUGGUGUUUAGUAUUUAUGGAUACCAUGCCAUCACUGUGUUCAUGGUAUCCAGUAUUUAUGGACACCAUGCCAUCAAUGUGUUCAUGGUGUUCAGUAUUUAUGGACAACAUGCCAUCAAUGUGUUCAUGGUGUUCAGUAUUUAUGGACAACAUGCCAUCAAUGUGUUCAUGGUGUUCAGUAUUUAUGGACAACAUGCCAUCAAUGUGUUCAUGGUGUUCAGUAUUUAUGGACACCAUGUCAUGACUGUGUUCAUGGUGUUCAGUAUUUAUGGACACCAUGUCAUCACUGUGUUCAAUGUGUUCAGUAUUUAUAAACACCAUGCCAUCAAUGUGUUCAUGGUGUUCAGUAUUUAUGAAUACCACGUCAUUGCUGUGUUUAUGGUGCUCAGUAUUUAUGGACAUGUCAUCACUCUGUUAAUGGUGUUUAGUAUUUAUGGACACCUGCCAUCAAUGUGUUCAUGGUGUUCAGUAUUUAUGGGUACCAUGCCAUCGCUGUGUUCAUGGUGUUUAGUAUGUAUGGACACCAUGUCAUCACUCCGUUUAUGUUCAGUAUUUAUGGCCAUCACUGUGUUCAUGGUGUUCAGUAUUUAUGGAUACCAUGCCAUCACUGUGUUCAUGGUGUUCAGUAUGUAUGGACACCAUGUCAUCACUCCGUUUAUGUUGUUCAGUAUUUAUGGACACCAUGCCAUCACUGUGAUGAAAGCGAGGCCCAAUGAUAAAGAUGCCAAAGCUAAAUACACAGAAUGUAGCAAGAUUGUUAAAAGACGAGCAUUUGAAAAAGCAAUAUCAAUGGACGAUGUCCAGAAAUCAGUGAUAGACACACUAGAUGUUGAAAAUAUGAUUGUAGAAAAUGAUUAUAAUGGACCUAAGAUUGAAAAUGGUGUUGUCACGCUUGAGUUUAUGAAGGAAUUGAUGAUCACUUUUAAAAAACAAAAGAAAUUACAUCGAAAAUAUGCAUACUCAAUUUUAGUGCAGAUUAAAAAAUUGUUUGUAGAAGCUCCAUCGUUAACUGAUAUCACGGUACCAAAGGAUGGCAAAUUUACAAUAUGUGGUGAUAUACAUGGUCAAUAUUAUGAUCUUCUUAAUAUAUUUGAACUUAAUGGUCUACCAUCUUUGGACAAUCCUUAUUUAUUCAACGGUGACUUUGUGGACAGGGGCUCUUUUUCAGUAGAAUGUAUACUUACAUUGUUUGGAUUUAAACUUCUAUAUCCAGAGCACUUUCACAUGUCCAGAGGAAAUCAUGAGAGUGAGACAAUGAAUCAAAUGUACGGUUUCUUUGGUGAAGUUAAAGCAAAAUAUACAUCCCAGAUGGCAGAUCUUUUUACAGAAGUUUAUAACUGGUUACCUUUAGCACACUGUAUCAAUAAUAGGAUACUGAUAAUGCAUGGUGGUCUGUUUAGCCGCGAUGAUGUCACAUUGGAUGAUAUAAGAAAAAUAGAAAGGAAUAGACAACCACCAGAAUCAGGAAUUAUGUGCGAGCUUCUGUGGUCAGACCCACAACCUCAGUGGGGUAGAGCACCAAGUAAAAGAGGUGUGGGUGUCAUGUUUGGUCCCGAUGUCACAAAGAAAUUUUUAGAUCUUAACAAUUUAAACUACAUAGUUCGCAGCCAUGAAGUGAAAUCAGACGGCUAUGAACUGGCACAUGAUGGCAAAUGUAUAACAGUCUUUUCAGCACCUAAUUACUGUGACCAGAUGGGGAACAAAGGUGCGUUUAUCACUAUGACAUCAGAUUUAAAACCCAAAUUUACAACAUAUGAUGCUGUGCCUCAUCCAAAUGUUAGACCAAUGGCAUAUGCAAGCUCAUUAUUUGGUUUUAUGUAAGCUUUCAGUAGAUUUGACUGAAACAAGCUUCUCCAUGGUUGGAAGACAUACUACUUCAUUAGCUCAAGAGAUGUACGAUUUUUUUUAAACUCAAAAUGCUGCAACAACUACGUAAUUUGGUCCCCUUCUUCAAAAUAAUUGUUUCAGUAUGCCUGUUCAAAAACAGGGACUUGUAGUUUCACAUGUGUGUCUGUCCAUCCACCUGUAUCUCUGACAUGCCUUGUACUGAUCACAUUCAAAUUUCACAUACAUCAACACCAUUCUGGAACAGAUUUAAUUCGGACAUAUUGAUGCAUUUAUUUCAAGUUUCUACUAAAAUAAAAAUUUCACCAUUUUUUUUAGCUCUG